AUGGAGCAAGAGCGCUCCAAUGGGUUUCGGCGGAACUCGCUGCAACAUGGCGGUAUUCAUAGCCGCCCUGUUGAGCGACGACCAAGUAAGAAAUCCUCCUCAAAAGAUCGCCAUGGCAUAGUAUAUCCGGAAAGCUUUCAACAAGGCUCGAUAAGAACGGUCACACCGGAUUCUGCGUCCGAGGUUGGUAAUCAGUCUUUCGUCUCCGAAUCGGACCACCUUUCCACCAACCCUACCGUCUCCCCUCGCUCAACUGCCAGAUCCAGAAAUACAGACUGGGAACGACGUCGAGAAUUUAGUCCCUAUCAGUCUGCUGCUGAUGAUGACGACCUAUCAAGUGAAAGCAAAAGCCAGCGUGCUCGGUCACGGACAACGACUUUAGAAGAUCAACGGAGUGAAAUAUCACCCCAUUUCCUAUCUAGGGCGAGAAAUAGGAUCGGUUCAAUAAACACCUCAGUGCCGUCGACCGAUUCAAAAGAUUCCGAGGAUUCCGUGAGUUCCAUAGGUUACCCCUCGGUUGUUCAAUCACCAACCCAUGCGGGCCAGUCUGGCAGUCGGCAACGUCUCCCCAAAGCACCCUCCGGAGGUCCUGCAUUAAUUACAGGAGUUUCCAGGAAUCCUGCUGCGUUUGUGUCUCCACUAUCCAAUGCCGACUCUGCUAAAAUCCUUCAACUAAUGAAAACAACCUGCGGCCGAAUGCAUGGCAUACUCUCUUUCCGAACGGCUACGAAUGCGCAAUGGACCUCCGGUUAUUGUGCGAUCAAUGUGGCCACUGGUAGCUUGAUAUACCAAGCUAAAGGUGAAGUGGCCAUGGCGAAAACAUUGAUUCCGGACCUUCGUGGCUGCCACGUUCGAACGAUGUUUGACACUGAGCUUCAGUCGACAUAUCUAAGCGUUUCGACCUUCUCGUCCGGUCUGGGCAUUCAACUUAAACCUCAUGUCAAUGAGACGUUCGACUCAUGGCUUGCCGCAUUAUUAUGUUGGCAGCCCAUACGUCCCAAAGGUGUGCAGAACAAGAGAACGAAACCUCAAUCAGUAGCAAUUGGCGACCGUCGAAUCGCAGACCGGCGACGGAAUUCCGAAAGUACGGUGCAGAAGGAAGCCGCUAUAAUCAAGGUCGGCAAGAUGCUUCUGUGGGAGAAGCCUAGCCCUUCUGGUGCACGUCCAGAAUCUGGCUGGCAAGCAUCCACGCAACAUAGAAAUCAUAGAACGCAUUCAACAGCAUGGCAGAGGGUGAGCUGUACCUUGCAGGAAAACGGCUACUUCAAGCUCUUCACAGAGGCAGACGUAUCUCUACUGGCAAUUAUUCAUCUCUCGCAAUUAUCUCGAUGUGCCAUUCAACAGCUAGAACCGUCUGUUUUAGGUGACGAAUAUUGUAUUGCAAUCUACCCGCAAUAUGCUGCGCUGUCGGUCUCGGAAACUGCGUCUCGGCCUGUUUUUCUGUCAUUAGAGAGCAGAGUUCUUUUCGAGGUUUGGUUUGUACUACUACGCGCCUUUACGAUACCUGAACUGUACGGACCCGAGACUGCUGCUAGUGAAGACCCCAGUCGGUCACAGACCCUGAUCAAUCCUUCAGCCGGAUCAACGACCGAUAUGUUCCGAAUAGAGAGGGUGCUCUCUCUCCGUAUCACGGAAGCAAAGCUCACAGGCAAUAAGAACAAGACCGAAGAAUCACCCAAAAGCAAGAAGCCGUUCGAUCCAAAUGAGAAGACUUUUGUUAGUGAUUACUAUACCGAAGUCCUUUUGGAUGGUGAGAUAAGGGCCAAAACGGCAGUCAAACAGAGAACAUCCAACCCAUUCUGGAGGGAGGAAUUUGCUUUUCACGACCUACCUCCGAUUCUCUCCAAUGCAUCUAUACUUCUGAAGACAUUGAAUCCUGCUCAAAAGGACUGGACCCUUAUCGCGCAUGGUCCUUAUAGUCUUGAUGCUCAAUCCAAUCCCUUGAGCGUUCUUGACGAUCUUGAAUUAUCGUCGCAUGAUGCAACUUCAGGACGGGUCGACUUGCGCUUGGACGAGCUCGAAACAGGAGUUGACCAUGAGAAAUGGUGGCCAAUUAUUGAUGAUAGGGAUCAGGUUAUGGGUGAGAUGUACAUGAAGGUUCGCUUGGACGAAAUGAUCGUUCUGAUGUCCCAUGAAUACGAGCCCAUGUCAGAGAUCCUGCAUAUGUUUACCAACAACCUCACUAUCAACAUGAUUCAGCUCGUGCCUACGGAGCUCACCCGCAUAUCUGAAAUUCUCCUCAACAUCUUUCAGGUAUCAGGGCAAGCCGCAGACUGGAUUUCGGCACUUGUUGAAGAUGAGAUCGAUGGGUUUGAUAGAGACACCACCUCAACUGCCCAUCAUCGAUUCCGAUACGGGACAAGAAUACACUCUAAUGACUCGAAAGAAUCAGGACAAGACCGUGAGGUUAUUGUGCGAGACCUCGGGCGCUCUGCGACAAUCGAAGCUAACUUGCUUUUCCGGGGCAAUUCAUUGCUGACGAAAGCGCUUGAUAUGCACAUGAGACGCCUGGGGAAGGACUACUUGGAAGAAACGAUUGGAGACCGUAUUCGUGACCUAGACGAAAGUGAUCCCGAAUGCGAGGUAGAUCCUCUCAAGCUUCGAUACAAUCGACCAGAAGACUUGGAACGCAACUGGAGAAAUCUCAUCAGUCUCACCACCCUCUUUUGGAAAUCUAUUGCAGGCUCUGCAUCACGAUGUCCGCCAGAACUUCGUCGUAUUUUCCGGCAUGUAAGGGCUUGCGCGGAGGAUCGUUAUGGUGAUUUCUUGCGAUCAGUCACUUACAGCAGUGUUUCGGGAUUCCUCUUUCUUCGAUUUUUCUGCCCUGCCAUACUGAAUCCGAAGUUGUUUGGUUUGAUGAAGGAGCACCCGCGACCUCGUGCUCAACGGACCUUAACUCUCAUUGCCAAAGCACUUCAAGGCUUAGCAAACAUGACAACCUUUGGUAGCAAGGAACCUUGGAUGGAGCCUAUGAAUAAGUUCUUGCUGUCAAAUCGCACUGCUUUUAAAGAAUUUGUUGAUUCUAUCUGCGCAAUCCCAGCAGAGCGACCAGCAGCUAUUGUUACGCCACAAUAUGCCACGCCUAUUCAGAUCCUAGGGCGGUUACCGCCGACAUCUCGCGAAGGCUUCCCAAGUCUUCCUUUCCUCAUCGAUCAUGCCAGAAGCUUUGCAGCACUGACCAAGAUAUGGCUGCUAAAAGCACCGGAAAAUUUGAACGAAAUGGAAGAUGUUGAACCAAGUGUAGCGAAAUUUCAUUCUCUAGCUCUCGAGCUUCAGCGACGAACCAAGGAAUGUUUCAGCAAAGCCGAAUCUGCCGAGCGUCCAAGCGGAAAUCUCGAGAUGAAAUGGGAGGAAUUGGUGGAAUCGAUGGAUCGCUCUGUUACUUUCUACGAUGAAGCCUCCAAACCAGCCACCCCCGCUGCUGAGACGCCACUCACAGCUCCAGCGGUUGUUUCUAGCCAUCGUAACUCUAUCGGUUACUUUGCGCCGAAACCUUCACUGCCGCGCCGAUCAACUGACACAACUGCGGAUGGUGAUGACGAAACACCACCCAGCUCUUCUUCCGCGACUUGGGAGCAUUACCGUCUUCCGUUCGCGGUAGGUCGAUCGUCGGAUCAUCGUGAAAGCGGCACCAGUUCGAGAAAUUCUUCGCAAUAUUCUUUAGAGAAUCCGGACAGCUCUAAAAGCCGACAGUCAACGAUAGGAAAGGAAGCAUCCAGCAAGCUCCGACUUCUCGACUUUGUCCCAGGGCCGUCACGACGCAAGAACAAAGAUUCUUUCAACAAUAAUAGUAAUAAUACACCAUAA